AUGUCCGGCCCACAAAAACAAUAUGACCUAUUUAUUUGGGGAUCCACUGGUUUUACAGGAAAUUUAAUAUGUGAUUUACUCGUUAGAACAUACAAGCCAGGAACAACCAACUUAAAAUACUGUUUUGGAGGAAGAAGUGUGGAUAAAAUGGAAGCCCUUAGAAGGCGUCUUAUUGAGACAUUAGAUAAAGAAACAAGCACUUCUAAAGGUGAAGAAAUGAUUUCUUCCGUCCCAAUGUUUGUAUGUAAUAACAAUGAAGAAAUUGGCAAGUGUAUAGCCAACUCAAAGGUUUGCAUUAAUGCCUCAGGACCAUAUAUUGAAUGUGGUGAGAUAAUUGUAAGUUUAUGUUGUGAUAAUUACACACAUUAUAUAGAUCUAUGUGGUGAGAUUGCUUGGUUCAAGAAAAUGCAAAGAUUAUAUGGGGCUUCAAUUGCAUCCAGGGGUUUAAAAUUUGCCACAUGUUGUGGAUUCGUUGCAGCAGUAACUGAUUUAGGUUUAUUACACCUCCAAAACUUUGCAGCACAAACAAGUGGCCUUCCAUGCCAAGAAGUCCUGCAUUAUUUUCAACAUGAAGGAUAUAGUCAAUCAGCAACCUAUGGAACAGUAAAAAGCGUUUUAUUGUCUAUAAAUGAUCCAAUAAAGAAGGAAAUCAAACAAUCGGAUCCUUAUGCAUUGUGUAAUGGGACUUUAUGUUUAAGUAACAUAGCUGAAAUCACCGAAAAAAACAAGGUUGCUUCUGGGCCAGUUUACAAUUCCCAUGUUCAGGCAUGGACCUCACCCAAUAUGCUUUCAAGUAUUCAUUCGAUGUUUGUUCAUUUUGCCAACGAAGAAAUGGGAUAUCCAUAUGGUAUGGACUUUGUUUUUUCUUCAAGAUCUAUAGACACAUCUUAUUUGUCUGCUCUUUCAAGCUGUUUCAAAGACAAACUUGGAAGGUUCUUAUCUGAAAGGUUACUUAUUUCAAAGAUGGUUCAUUGUGGAGCGCCUUAUUUUGUAGGUAAAGGCCCAGAUAUUUCAAAAGCCAAGGAAACUGUUUGUAAAACAACUUUUGUUGGAACUACAAUGCAAGGAAAGAACUAUAAGUGCGUUGUCCAGACACGAGAUCUUGAGCUAUAUGGUAUCUCAGCUAUUUUAGCACUCGCUUGUUCAUUCUCAAUCAUUUUUGAUUACAGUAAUCUCCCACAAACAUUUGGGUUCUCCACACCAUCAACUUUAUUUGGUGCUUCAGUAAUCAAGCAAUGCCAAGAUUUGGGAAUUCAAUUCGAUGUUGAAUAUUUGGAGAAAUAA